UUGUCCUAGAACCCUAGAACUCAACUCCUUCACAGUUCCAGUUCGUUCUUCGACCAAUAUGGAGGAGGAUCUUGUCUUCUCUACCGUUCACUCCACGGUUUUCAAGGAAUCCGAAUCGUUAGAAGGCAAGUGCGACAAAAUCGAAGGAUACGAUUUUAAUCAAGGAGUCAAUUACCCUAAGCUUCUCCGAUCAAUGCUCACUACAGGAUUCCAAGCUUCGAAUCUAGGCGAAGCGAUUGAUAUCGUCAAUCAAAUGCUAGAAUGGAGACUUGCUGAUGAAGCUACAGUAGCUGAAGAGGAGAAUGAGUCCGUGAGGUGUAAGAUAUUUCUGGGGUUCACUUCGAAUCUUGUUUCAUCUGGUGUUAGAGAGACAAUUCGAUAUCUUGUUCAGCAUCAUAUGGUUAGUGAUCUAGCUAUGAAUGGCGUACAUGCAACUCCAAGAAAGACAGGGAUGAUCAUUCUUGGAGGGGGCUUGCCGAAGCACCACAUAUGUAAUGCCAACAUGAUGCGUAACGGUGCGGAUUACGCCGUGUUCAUAAACACAGGGCAAGAGUUUGAUGGGAGUGACUCAGGUGCACGCCCUGAUGAAGCAGUGUCCUGGGGUAAAAUAAGAGGAUCUGCUAAAACUGUCAAGGUGCACUGUGAUGCUACCAUAGCUUUCCCUUUGUUGGUUGCUGAAACAUUUGCUUCAAAGAGAGAACAAACCUGUGAGCCCAAGACCUAAGCACUCAGAUUGUAUUUGAUUAAAAUUUUAUU